AUUUACCAACAUGGAAUCUUGGCCAGCGGACUUAGAUUUAGGCAUAAAAGGGAAUGUGCAUGAUGAUACAGUUAAAUUUGACGAUGCAGAGCUUCUAGGAGGCAGCAUGGAUACCAAACUUAGCAAGAUCUGAGUCUGGUAUGAUGAUUUCGUCUACGGAAUCCAAACCAUUUAUGAAACAAGCAACAAUGGAAUCAUAGUAUCUCCGAAGAGAAUGGGUGCUGAAGCUAUGCCAUGCCAACUUAAGUAUGAAGAAGUACACUUGAAUAGGGAUGAGAAUAUUGUAGCUAUAAAAGGAAGCCAUGGAGAGAUCAUCGACCAUGUGAUCUUUAUAACUAGUCAAGGUAGAAAUAUCCGCUUUGGAUUGUCAGAUGGAGGUGACCUAUUUGAUUUUAAAAUUCCUGGAGGUGUAUGCGUUGCUGCUUUAAAAGGAGGAUUUGGAGGUCAUCUUCAUAAUAUUGGAUGUAGUACUACUCCUCUUGUUCAACCAUUACAAUAUCAAUACACAUAUGAUGGCAAACAGAGGGUUGAGUAUAAGAUCUCAGCAGGCAAGACUCAUAAAGAUACAAAAAUAUACAAUGAUAUUGAAUUUUUAAAAAGCACAGAAGGUCAGCACAGAAUACGCUCUAUCAAAGUCUUUUAUAAUGAUGAGUUUGUGCACGGUCUUGAAGUAAAUUAUAUUGAAAAUGAAACUGAAAUAAAAACCAAAGGAGUUGGCAAUCAGUGGAGUAGUUCAAUUGGCCAAGCUACAAAGAUCGUUCUCGAUCCUGAUGAAUGGAUAACUAAUAUUUAUGGAAGCUUUGACAACAUAUGUAACUUCCUUGUCUUCGAAACUACUGAUGGCAGAAUAGAGGAAUUUGGAAACGAAGCAAAAGCAUGAAAUUUUUACUUUGAAAUCCCUGAUGGAGAGGUUAUAUCUGGGCUAUCCUUUGGAAUAGGCGGUCAUUUGCAUAAUUUGACUGCUUACUAUGGGAAAGAGCCAAAAAUCUUUAAAUUUUAUAACCAGCCGCAGCCUAGUUUGGGAUUUUCGAUGUUAAAAAGCGCAACAGAUUCAGUUGGUCCUACCCAUAAAGAUACAACACCUUUUAACGAUUGGCGUAAGCUAGAUAUAAAUGAUCUCACUACUCGUCUCAAGAAGGUCACUGUCUUUUAUGAUAAAGAUAAGAUCAUCUACGGAUUCAAACUCAAGUGGAACAUCAAUGAUGAAGAUGAAAUUGAAGGAGAAAAACAUAUAGGUAGCGAAUUUUUCGGAUGGCUUUCGAAUGGAGACAAGUCCUCAUUUAAGCUUAAAAGAGGACAAUAUAUUACAAAGGUUUAUGGGAAGGUUGACAGACAAGUAAAGAAGCUGGGUUUCGGACUUAACACCGGUGAAAUCUAUGAAUAUGGUGGAGAAGAAGGUAAAGAUUUUGAUCUUUGCAUCCCUCCUGGCCAUGCUGUCGGAGCCCUGACAGGAGGCAAGAAUGGACACUUGCAUAAUAUCCAAGCUUGGUAUGGCAAGAUAUAUGCAGUUCCCAAAAAGAUUCCUAAGGUUUACUAUUUUCCGAAUGCGGAAAGAUGGCCUAAUGAAAGUUUUAUUGGAAAUACUCAUUCAGAUACGACUAAGUUUAGAGACAAAGACAUUAACUUCAACGCGUCUACUUAUAGAAUAGACACUAUCAAGGUUUUUUAUACUGACAGGAUUAAAGGGCUACAAAUCAUCUAUGAGAUUGAUGGGAAAUAUUACUGCGGGACAAAGUUCAAGGCCUCCUUUGAUUAUAAUGAAGAAGAAAUGCAGGCAACUAUGAUCAAUUUAAGUUAUGAUGAGUUUAUCAUAGGAGUCAGAGGCAAAGUAUCUACCAUUAUCACUAGCCUUACCUUCAAGACAAGUAAUGGAAGAGAGUUUACUUGUGGUGGGCAUGAAGGGGAUAAUGUCCAACUCUUAGUCCCAGCAGGUGAAUGUGUCGGAAUCAUCGAAGGAGGAAAGAAUGGAGAUAUCCACAAUAUCAAGAUAUCUACUGGGCCGAUUCCCAAAAUUAUGACUACAAUGAAUUAAAA